GACGUGUAAUCCAGCCGAGACGAUUUCGCGGUCGGACCGCGAAGUUUGUUUUGCUCCGGUUCUGCAGUAAAGGAGUCAUUUAAACAAGGAAAAGCUCAUUAGAUUAAUAUAGCGGGUAGCGGUUAGAUAUGAGAUGGAGGACGAAGACGAGCUUUCGGAUUUUCGAAAGCGGUGGAAACACGAACUGGAGAAAAAGACUCGGUUAAAAGAUGACAGUGAUGUCGGAUAUUUUGGACACUACAGUAAAGCGGAUGGGAUUAAUGAGCAGAGAAGCGGCCAUGCUGGUGAAUCUGGGAAGAAACCCAGAGAUGUUGAAGGCUCGAAAGGUCUUCAGGAGGGCUGUAAAGAUCAGCCACAGUACGUAUCCAUCGCAGAGGGUCUGUUGGAUGGAAGGAGCAGCCCCCUGCUGGCCAGGAUGGAGGAGGAGAGAAUGCGGAGGAAGCGGCGUUGUGAGCGGGGAGAACAACAGCAGCAGCAGCAGCUCCUCUUAGCUCCACCACGCACUCAGAGGAGAACUCAACUUACACUCAUCGACCAGUUUAUUCACGAUUUGAACGAGGCGAAUGAGAUCCCUUUCUUUGACAUUGAGCUGCCGUAUGAACUGGCGCUGAAGAUUUUCCAGUUCUUGAACAAAGCUGAUCUGGGACGAUGCGCUCAGGUGAGUAAGUCGUGGAGAGUGUUAGCGGAGGACGAGGUCCUGUGGUACAGGUUGUUCCUCGAGGAGGGGUAUCACCGAGGGGCGAGUGUCUCCGACUCCCCCUGCUGGAAAAGCACACUGCGAGACUGCUUUAACACUGAGAAAACUGUCAAGUACAACUGGAAGAACCGAGUCGGGUCAGUCAGCCAUCUGCAGUAUGAACUAGGAAAAGUGUUGUGUGAUGUCAGUUCCUGUGAUAGACUGGUCAUUGCUGGGUAUACGUCCGGUGACGUACGACUGUGGGACACGCUUCACUGGGACUCGGGUGCUUGGAAUCUGCAGCCUGCUCACAGCAUCAGAGACGAGACACCACCGCCAUACGUUAGUCUGGUACGAGUCACCGAUGCUGUGGCCUGCGCCGCUUAUGAGAACGGAUGCGUGGAUGUUUGGAGCACUGAAUCUGGCGUAGAGCCCAUCCAUCACUAUGAGCACCUGCAGCAGGUGUGUGCCCUCGAUCUGAGCGCCGAUGCUCCGGUCGUGGCCUCUGCGGCUGGCUCGGAGGUGCGAGUGGACACUCCGGACGCUCGGGGCUACUGGAGGACCGUGUGUCUCACCCAGUUGGCUAAACCUGUGGAAGGGGUGUUGGUGGUCCCAGGAAAGCGGGAGAGUCCACUGGUUUCAGCCUGGGCUGGCGAGUGUGUGUAUCUGCUGGGUCCAAAUGAGAGAGAGGAAGACCAUGAGGAGGAGGAAGGAGCCAGAGUGCUUCACUCCGUGUACGGCCAGCCCGUCACCUGCCUGGAUGUGAGCGCAUGCCGAGCUGCCGUGGGGGUGAAGAGCUGCGGCUGGGGCAUGAACGAUGGCGGGAACAAGGUUCGGGUGUACAGCCUGGAGACCGGCCAAGCGGAGCUGGUGUUGGGGAACUCGGCUGGAGACUUCACCUGCAUCAGCCUGAGAGAUGCCCCCCUGCAUCUGCUGGUGUGUGGCAACAAAGACAGGCGGGUGCGAGUGUUUGACCUGCGUUCCGGCUCCUCGGUGGUAUCGUUGUACGCCCAUCACAUGGGCGUGACCGCGGUGCGGGCGGACGACUGGAAGAUCGUGAGCGGCGGCGGCGAGGGAUUGGUCUGCGUGUGGGAAAUGAGGAUGGGGGCGAAACUCUGGGAGAUGCACAACAGGCACCCGGUCCGUCACAUACGGUUUAACAGCAGCACCCUGGUGACGGCCAACAUCCCCGAUGAAAAGAACCCACGUGGAGCGUGCAUCACUGACGAUGACCUCACUGCUCACCGCAGACACCGGGGGGUGAUCUGCUACUACGACUUCUCCGUGGAUCUCUCCUCGCAGGACCACGUGCUGCCCAUCUGCAGGUCCGACUACACCGAGACGAGCGGCUACAACUACAACAUCGGCCUGGCCGUGCCUUACGACGCGCUCGCCGAUCCUCGGAGAUCAGGUCUCUGACGACGCACGACGCUCCCGGGCAAGAUCAAUAAGAGACCGGAAGAUUCUAAAUCUGACUUUAUACUAUGGGAGGAAAAAAAAAAAAAAAACCCUGUAUAGACUUCUUAACUGUAUACUUGUCUUUUCGUGUUUUAUAGUUUUAAAUCAAAGACCGAAAAUUCCACUUCUUUUGCUUCUUUCAGUGUCAAAUCGUUAUUUUUCACAGGAUUACUGUGACGACGUCAAUUUCACAUGUAAAACUUUAUGUACAUCUUUUUUUCAAUUUAAUAUCUAUUUAAUAACAAUACCAGUCACAUUGCAGAACACUUGAAUUGCUAUGAUCAAAAUGUCUCAUUUAAAAAAAAAAAAAAAAAAAGAACACUUGUUUUUUUUUAAUCUCAUUUGGGAUUAAACAUUUACCCUCAAA